ACCGUGACUAACUUUCCGAGGCACCCUCUAAUAUAAAUACUAAAUUCAACAUGCUGAUCUGGUUAUUUAGCUCUCUACAAUUUCUUAAUUUUCCCUCUGAUCUUCGAAAUAUCUCAAGCAGUUACUAAUGGCGGACAGCAAUCAAGGAGCAUCUCCAAUUGCCAAUCUGGAAACCCAAAAGCAUCUUUUGCAAAGUGAUGUCCUCUACCAGUAUAUUCUUGAAACAAGCGUUUAUCCCCGUGAACCAGAAUGUUUGAAGGAAAUCAGGGAACUCACUGCAAACCAUCCACGCGCCCGUAUAGCCAUUCCAUCUCAUGAGGGUCAAUUUUUAAUGCUUAUAUUGAAACUAACAAAUGCCAAGAAGACUAUAGAGAUUGGGGUAUUCACAGGAUAUUCUCUGCUCUGCACAGCCCUUGCUUUGCCCCCUGACGGAAAGGUCAUAGGCAUCGAUAUAAACAGAGAAUCAUAUGAUUUGGGGAGGCCUAUCAUUGAGAAAGCAGGAAUUGCCCACAAAAUUGAUUUCAGAGAGGGCCCUGCCUUGCCGAUUUUGGAUGAAUUGAUACAAAAUGAGGAGAUGCUCGAGUCUUUUGAUUUUGCAUUUGUAGAUGCUGACAAAGUUAAUGGUCUGAACUACUAUGAACGUCUGCUGAGAUUGGUGAAGAUUGGAGGGCUUAUUUGUAUCGAUAAUACUCUGUGGUCUGGUACUGUUGCUGAACCUCCCAAUGCAACGAUGGAUGAACAUACAAGAAACAACAGAGAGUAUAUAAUUGAGCUGAACGAGGCACUUGCUGCUGACAAACGUAUAGAGAUUAACCAGCUACCUAUUGGUGAUGGGCUCACUUUGUGUAGGCGCAUUUCCUAGACAAAUUAACAUUCCAUUGUCAUAUUAGCUGUUUCAAGUUUUAGGUUGAUGAUGCAGAGUGUAAAUUUAUAAUUGCUCAAUAAUGAUAGUUUAGUAAUAGUCAAUAGUUGAUUAUAGAGAAAUUUCCUAGAAAAGAACGCGAAGAUCUUUAUAAAGGUCAUUGAAUAAUACAAUUAAUAUGUAAAGCAUAAAUAUAAUAUAAUUUCAAUGUAAUUUUUUAUUUUA